CCCGAACACAUCGGUUGCCUAUGUCAGCUUACGAUAUUUUAUCUUCUUGGAGCAUUUGGAUAGCUUGGAAGACUACAGCUGGGGCGGUGUUGUUUUGGCGUACCUCUACCGAUGCCUAUGCCGAGCAUCUAUUGGCCAUAUUAGCGAUGCGUGUGGAUUUUAUGCUAUUUCCAGGUAAUAUUUUAAGUGUCGUUCCUUUAAUGUAAACAAACCUCUUGAAACGACGACUAAAAAAUUGAAUUUUCUAAUAUCGCUUUCAGUUAUGGGCGUGGGAGAGGAUGCUGCCUUUUCAGCCCGUACUUAGGCAUCAUCUUGGCAUUGACAUGCCUUAUGCGAGGAAGUGGACGGCAGGUUUUGAUCGGGAUGUGGAUAUGCACCACAGUAUUCUUCCAUUCCGGGACCAGCUUGAUCAGAUGACGGACGAUGUGCUAUUUAUAUGGACGUCGUAUGCUGCUAUUUUGGAUGGGUUGUCGGCCUUUUGCAAGGCUAGUCAGGCUAUGUGGAGGUCGCGGUGUCCAUUGACACACCUAGACAUCGUUGAGGACCACAUGCCCGAGCGCGUCUUACAACAGUUUGGGCAUAUUCAGAAUAUACCCCCCAACGUUCGUCAUGAGCUCCAACACUACCGGAACGAUCGAGCGAUUAUCGAUGAUGCAUUUCUGGCUUUCAUGGGUGCCCAACUCCAACGUUGA